AUGUCAUCUGUUGACCAAAUUAUUCAACAAAUAAAUACAGUAACAACGACGAUAACAGCCAUUAUGUACUACACGAAUUUUCUCCUAGGUGUAAUUGGUCUUUCUAUGAACAUAUUUGUUCUCACACAGCCCUCAUUACGUAAAACACCAUGUUCAAUGUAUUUCCUAUCAGCAACAUUUGCUAAUCUAUUUAUUAUACUAGUUAUCUUACCAGUACGUUUACUUAUCAACACCUACAACAUUGAUUUGACAACUUACAAUAUUGAAUAUUGCAAAAUACAAACAUUUGCUUCUUUUUCUACACGCGCUCUAUCAUGCUGGUUAAUCACAAUGGCGUGUAUUGAUCGAUACCUUCAUAGUUCAAACAAUGCAUCUAUGCGUCGUCUCAGUUCAUCGAAAACUGCAAAAUUAUCGAUUGGAUUGCUUUGUGGUCUAAUGCCUGUUCUAUAUUGUCAUAUGCUCAUCUUCUACAAUAUAAUACAAGUGAAAAAACCAUCGGGAACUAUGAUAUAUUCAUGUACUCUUCAAGAUAAAACUUAUUCAGCAUUUCUUAAUCUCUGGCAUUUGAUGAUCUAUUCAGUGUGUCCAUCAUUUGCAAUGCUGAUCUUCGGGUGUCUGGUGUUGAGAAAUAUUCAAAUAAAUCAACGUACCGUUGCACGAAAUGCGAACAAUGCUCGAAAUAAUCGACGUAGAAACGCUACACUUUUACGUAUGUUGCUGGCUCAAGUACUGUUAAUUCUGAUCACUACUGGCCCACGUUCUAUAUAUCAAAUCUAUGCGCUGUUCACUAAUAAUGUUGUCAAGAACAUAAUUCGAACAAAUGUCGAGAAUUCAGUCGGUACAAUACUGGGUGUGCUGUCAUAUUUUGCUCAUUCAACGACAUUUUAUAUAUUUACAUUGAGCGGUAGCAUCUUUCGAAAAAAAGUUCUCAAACUUUUUCUACGAUGUUCGUUCUGCAGAGAGAAUCGUGUUCACACAACCAUCGACAAGCGAAUGCCUAUAUUGUAUUGA